UCCCUCUGUCUCUCCGCUGCUUGGCGGGUCUUUAUCCUGAAGCGUCAACAGGAGGAGGACGGACCUCCAGCUGCUGCAGCCGCGGACCGGCGCGCACCGCUGGAGGCAGUCGAGCUGCAGACCGGAGCCAGUUGGAGCAACUCCGGCGGAGAGGAGGGAAGGAGGACGUGUGGUGGUUGGGGGGGAAACGAGCAGGGCGGGCAUGACAUGUGAGCAAAGUCUGCACAGAAACAACACGCACAGUCAAAGUAUGUUGUCUGCGUCUCGGCGCUCCGCUGGACUUUGCGCAGCUGAAUGAGAGCUUCGGCUUCCCGUCUCAGCGACGCUCCGGUGCCGAGAGGAGGCGCGCGUUCAGUCCGCCCCGUGUGCAGGUGCAGCAGCCGGGAGAGAGGCUGACGAAGAGCCGCCGCUGUAAUUAAACUGUCUGCGCGACGGCGUCAACGAGUGGCCGCGGAGACAGGAAGACACCGGAGAGGACACUAUGUCAAGGGAGACACGAGGCAGAGGCUCGGCUCGAAAACACAGCGCCACUCAUUGGUGUCUGCAGAACAUCGCUCAAGAAUCAGUUGAAAGCUCCGAUGAGGAGUUCUUCGAUGCCAAAGCAGAUGUUAUGGAAGGGAAGAGCGCCAUUCUUCUGGGCAUGAGUCAGUGGAACUCAAAUGACCUGGUGGAGCAGAUCGAAACUCUGGGACAUAUGGAGGACCAGUCUCACGAGGGUCUGUGCCAGCUGGGGGGUCCUCGUUGCGCUCCUCAGAGCAGCAUUGAAGGGCUGGAUGAUGCAGAGAGGAAAUGUAAAACCCAUGUGCUGCUCCUCGUGGUGCACGGCGGAAACAUCCUGGACACAGCGGGCGGAGACCCCAGCACAAAGGCCGGCGACGUGGCCACGCUGGCCUCGGUGUUUGAGAAGGUGACGCGGGCGCAUUUCCAGGCAGCGUCGGAGCACGUGAUGAUCAAGCUGGUGCCGUGUCCCGCCGUUUGCGCCGAAGCCUUCUCCCUGGUGUCCAAUCUGAACCCGUACAGCUACGAUGAGAGCUGCGUAUCCAGUAGCGUCGACCACCUGCCUCUGGCUGCCCUCCCGCUCCUCGCCAUCGUGUCGCCACGCUACCAAGACGCUGUGGCGACCGUCAUCAACCGGGCCAACCAAAUUUACCACAACUUCCUGCAGUCGGAAGACGGCCAGGGAUUCACAGGGCAGGUUUGCCUGAUGGGUGACUGUGUGGGAGGAGUGCUGUGCUUCGACGCUUUGUGCUUCAGCAACCACCCGAGGCCGGGCAGCCCCAACAACAAUAGCGGCAGCAGGAACAACAGCACCGAGAGCCUGAAGGACAACACAGGUCGGCUGGGGGAGUCCAGUCCCGGUCUGAGUUCAAGCAAGAGGCUGAGUAAGAGCAACAUCGAUAUUUCCGCUCCCAAUGAAAGUCAGAGCGGCCCGUCGCUCAGCCGUAAGCAGAGCGACUCGUACGACGGAGACACCUCGUCCGCCGGCCAACGCAACUUUUUUUCCAGUUUGAUGAAGGAGAGUGUGGAGGUGCGCGGUGGCAGCAGCAUCAGUCUGGUGCUGAACCCCGGUCGUUUUGACUUCGAGGUGUCAGAUUGUUUCCUGCUGGGCUGUCCUCUGGGACUGGUUCUGGCCAUGAGACGAACUGUGCUGCCAACCGUUCAGGUGAGUCAGCUUCGCCCGGCCUGUUCUCAGAUCUUCAACCUGUUUUAUCCCUCGGAUCCUUCAGCCUCCCGACUGGAGCCGCUGCUGCAGCCUCUCUUUCACAAGUUGCCACCGUUUGCUGUGCCGCGCUACCAGCGCUACCCUCUAGGAGACGGACGCUCACUGCUCAUUGUGGACAGUAUCCAAAGCCAUCCAAGUGUGUUUUUGGAGGAUGAGCAGCAUGCAGGUCCAGCUUCACAGCAUUCCUCUGAAGCAAAGAACGAAGGAGGAGGUGAUGGAAGGGGUCGUAAAGCCAGUGUGACCAGUGUGGAAAGUGGAAUAUCAGCUUGGUCCAUGGGCCGGCUGGGAAACACCAUCGCUAACAUUUCCAGUAGCUGGUGGGGCUCCAAGAGGCUGGACUUUGCCCUGUACUGCCCCGACGUGCUCACAGCGUUCCCAACGGUGGCUCUGCCGCAUCUUUUUCACGCCUCCUACUGGGAGUCCACUGACAUCGCUGCUUUUAUUCUUCGGCAGCUGAUGCGGUGUGACUGUGUGAAGACGCAGGAAGUGGACAGCUUGGACUCAGCUUCCUUCUCUCCCUCCAGCCCACGAGAGAAAUGGCUCAGGAGGAGGACACAUGUCAAACUCAGGAACGUCACAGCCAACCACAGAGUGAAUGACGUUAUCGCCACUGAGGACGGCCCCCAGACUUUGGUGGGUCGCUUCAUGUACGGCCCCCUGGACAUGGUCACUCUGACGGGAGAAAAGGUCGACAUCCUGGUGAUGACACAACCUCAGUCUGGCCGGUGGGUGUACUUCGACACAGAGGUGACCAACAGCAGCGGCAGAGUCACGUACACCAUACCGAAAACCAAGAAGCUUUACCUGGGAGUCUAUCCAGUUAAAAUGGUGGUUAAAGGGGAUCAGACCAGUGCAGAGGCCUAUCUGACGGUGUUGCCCCGAGGAAUGGAGUGUGUGGUCUUCAGCAUCGACGGAUCAUUUGCUGCAAGCGUGUCCAUCAUGGGCAGUGAUCCCAAAGUCCGGCCUGGAGCUGUUGAUGUUGUCAGGCACUGGCAGGACCUCGGGUAUCUUAUCAUCUACAUCACAGGCCGGCCUGAUAUGCAGAAGCAGCGUGUCGUAUCAUGGCUGUCACAGCACAACUUCCCCCACGGGAUGAUUUUCUUUUCUGAAGGCCUGGUACAUGAUCCCCUGCGACAGAAGACCAUCUUCCUCAGAAACCUCAUACACGAGUGUCAUAUUAAGAUCAACUCUUCUUACGGCUCCAUGAAGGACAUCUCUGUUUACAACAUGUUAGGCCUCAACCCCUCACAGAUUUAUAUUGUUGGCAGACCUUCGAAGAAGUACCAGAAUCAGUGCCAGUUCCUGAGCGAGGGCUACGCGGCACACCUCUCCACCCUUCAGUUCGGCCACAGAGCCAGGCCCAAGAAAUCCCCCUCGGUUCGCAUGGUCUUGAGAAAAGGUUCGUUCGGUCUCUCGGCGAAGCCCGACUUCCUGUGUAAGCGCACCCACCUGCGCAGGACCAUGUCGGUCCAGCAGCCCGACCCGCCCUGCACGCCCAACCCCAAGCCGGAGCGAGCCCAGAGCCAGCCAGAGUCGGACAAAGAUCACGGUGGUGGAGGAGGAGGUGGAAGUGGAGGAGGUGGGCAGGGGCCGUGGGGACGGACCCCCAUACACCGUGGAGACACCACUCCCUGACAUCGAGAAUGGAUCGUAGGAGGAAAUAAGAAGAGGAGGACAAAUGGGUCUUAGUGUCCAGGGCCAAGUGUCUCAUCUGUCUGCUUAACGCUGAGCUGUACAUUGGACUGCUGGCUCCCCUCACCUGCUUUCCUUCCUCUAAGGACAUUUUUACCCUGAUCUGCUCUGUGGAUAAUAUCAGUCUCCAUGAAUCUGAACCUGUUGCAGUGGAUGGCAACAGCUUUUUUUUUCUUUUUUUGCAAAAUGUUUAUGUCAAGCUCAAAUGUAAAAUCAUACAAAAGUGCUUAUGGUCAUAAAUGUGCACACCUAUAGUUUUUAUGCACACACGUCCUAGAGCCUGAAAAAAAUGGGAUGAUGGGGGUUACUUUGCUCCAGACUGAACACAAAUUACCAGAUGCUUCACAACACUUUGGUCUCAUUCAGACAAAUGUGCUGAAAGGUUUUCAUGCUGCCUGACUCCCACAUGAGUUCUCCGUGAUGUAAACACACAUCGCCCCUGCAUGGGCCUCUGGACCCAGAAGCAUUGUGACAUUCUGGGUUAAUCUCAUCGUGAGUCCUGGACCUCGCAGCGCCUGAGGACCCGAUCUCUGCCUCUCUUUUACUCCCACCAUUUGAUGUUUCCUCUGAGUUGUGGUUGGCACACUACUCCCCCUUCACCUCCUGCCUCUCCCCCCUUCAACCAGUCAGGCAGAACAGGCCUUUCCACAGCCACUUCAAUCGGGCUACAGUCGUCAGAGGGACUUGACAUGCGUGGUACAGCUCCUGAGUUCGCAUUUGCACUAAACAGCCGUAUUGUGCACAGUCACUGCUUGUUGGUUCUUGUAGUGAACUGAAAAAAAGAAAAAGAAAUGGUAUUAGUGCAAAGAAAAAUAUGUAUUUGACCAAAAAGUGUUUACAGAAUUGUGAGAUGGUUGUAAAAAUUGAUGUGUUUAAUCCACAUAAAUACUACAAUGUAAUUAUCUUUAUUAGAAACAGUUUAGUUGCAGUAUAGCUUGUAAGAUAUUCUACAAUAAACACAAAGAUGCUGUUGCAUCAUUUAUCCCAGCUGCACUGAAAAUCAACAUAUUUAUGCUGAAAUCUAACAGUCUUGUGCACUUGAACAAGUUUUAUGUUGUCAUGUUGGAAAAUCUGUGCAAGUUGAGCAUAUUUUUCUAUGAAGAAAUAUUGUAAAUAGAAAUAUUUUCAACGUCUGAGUUGUUGAUUUUAAGCCUUAAACUGUAUUUGAUGUUGUGUGGAGAAUCAGAAUCACUUUGUUUAGCCAAAGUGUGGAUUUUUACCAUGUGUUACGACAGAGUUCGUUUAUCGUGACAGGUUUUAGAUACUCUAAAAUGACUGCGUGGGUGUGUAUGUGUGUGUUAAAUAUGCAGAGGACAGCGAUGAUGAGUAAAUGUGUUUGCGUGGAAAAUCAGAAGAUGCGUUGAGGACGAUUUGUGCGCCUUCUCCCUGCAGCUCACUACUGCCGGUUUUUCAGAACAGACUGUGGAUUUUUUUUUGUUUUAGCACCAGAAUGAAGCAGCGUGUCGGUGGAUUAUGUGGUUGAGGUUUUUAUACCUGCUAUGAAAGUAAAAGGGAUUGUGGGCUCUUAGGGUGUCUUGUUUUAAAUGAAAAUCUGUACAGUUGAAUGAAACUUGCAAUCCAGGAGGGAGCUUUAUCUUUAAACCAUUUUUCUCCACUUUACUGCACCGUGUCCACAUAUUUAAUAUUUGCCUCUGAAUCUACAGCACACUAGUUUUUCCUUGAGAAACCUUGUAAUUCCGUAUUAAUUAUUACUGAAACAUUGUUAAACUAAAGAACAUUCCAGCCAGUGUCCACACGCUGAUUAAGAAGACCCUGUUUUCAUAUAAAAUGUGAUUUUAAAAAACAGCUUUAAUAGAGGAGCAUUCAAACACAGCAGAGUGAACUGCAAA